CCGCCGCACCGCACCCCGUAGCCUGCGGCUCCAGCUAAGUGGCCGGGGGUCGGCCGGCUCCUCCCCAGGGGCGGGGCGCGCACUCGCCGCGCGGGUCUUGGCCAGGACGCCGGGUCCGGCUUGCGGGUUCUAUCGACGGAAGAAAAAUGUCUCAAAAGCAGAUGAAGGAAGCUUUUGUUAGUAACCUCAAUGGAACCACCGUGCUGGAAAUCACCCAGGGAUUGUGCUUUCCUGCAUUCUGUAUCCUGUGCAGAGGGUUCCUGAUCAUUUUCUCACAGUACUUGUGCUCUUUCUCACAUACCUGGAAAACUAGAUUCUUCAUUGACUUUGUUGUCCUAAUAGUUCCCAUGGUAGCCACUUUGACCAUUUGGGCUUCAUUUAUCCUCCUUGAGCUUCUUGCCGUAAUUAUCUUUGGGGCAGGGCUGUUCUAUCAAAUAUACCGAAGGAGGACCUGCUAUGCCAGACUGCCUUUCCAAAAAAUCCUUGAAAAAUUCUUGAACAUCAGUCUAGAAUCAGAAUACAUUCCAGCCAUCUCCUGUUUCCGUGUAAUUACCAGUGCAUUUACUGCUAUUGCUAUUUUGGCUGUGGACUUCCCAUUUUUUCCCAGAAGAUUUGCCAAAACUGAGCUCUAUGGGACAGGAGCAAUGGAUUUUGGAGUAGGUGGCUUUGUUUUUGGGACUGCAAUGGUUUGUCUAGAGGUCAGGAGGAGAAAAUGUAUGGAAGGGUCCAAAUUGCAUUACUUUAUAAACUCAUUGUACUCUGUUUGGCCAUUAGUCUUCCUAGGAAUUGGACGAUUAGCCAUUAUAAAAUCAAUAGGUUAUCAGGAACAUUUAACUGAGUAUGGAGUUCACUGGAACUUUUUCUUUACCAUAAUAGUUGUGAAAUUGAUAACACCACUGCUUUUGAUUAUUUUUCCCCUAAAUAAGUCCUGGAUUAUUGCCCUCAGCGUUACUGUAUUAUACCAGCUAGCCCUUGACUUUACCUCACUGAAGGGGUUAAUAUUGUAUGGCACUGAUGGUAGUGGCACACGGGUUGGUCUAUUAAAUGCCAACCGCGAAGGAAUAAUCUCUACCCUGGGGUAUGUGGCAAUACACAUGGCUGGUGUGCAAACAGGGUUAUAUGUGCAUAAGAACCGAUCACAUAUCAAAGACUUGAUAAAAGUAGCCUGUUUUCUUUUACUGGCAGCUAUUAGCCUCUUCAUAUCUCUUUAUGUAGUUCAAGUAAAUGUAGAAGCAGUAUCUCGAAGAAUGGCAAAUUUAGCCUUUUGUAUUUGGAUAGUUGCUUCUAGCCUGAUCCUUCUUAGUAGUUUAUUACUGGGUGAUAUAAUUUUGAGUUUUGCCAAAUUUCUAAUUAAAGGAGCUCUGGUACCAUGUUCUUGGAAACUUAUCCAGUCACCUGUUACAAAUAAAAAGCAUUCAGAAUAUCUAAUCCCUGAAGCUGAAAGAAUGGAACCCAGGCUUUGUUUAAUCACAGCUCUCAACAGAAAACAGUUAAUAUUUUUCUUGCUGUCAAAUAUAACAACUGGCCUGAUCAACCUAAUGGUAGAUACAUUACACAGCAGUACCUUGUGGGCCUUAUUUGUGGUCAAUCUCUAUAUGUUUUCCAACUGUUUAAUUGUAUAUGUCCUAUAUUUGCAAGAUAAGACUAUACAGGCCGGGCGCGGUGGCUCAAGCCUGUAAUCCCAGCACUUUGGGAGGCCGAGACGGGCGGAUCACGAGGUCAGGAGAUCGAGACCAUCCUGGCUAACACUGUGAAACCC